AUGGAUGGUUCCAAAGCUUCCAAGAAGCGCAAGGCAGUUACCCGUGAUGUGGAGGAGGAGGCAGGCGUGUUUUCUGGAGAUGAAUUGAACACAGACAACCUUGACGGAGCGCUUUCGGAUAACGCCAACGACCUGUCCAGUGACGAGGAUGAGAGCGAUUCGGAGGUGGAGUUGAUCGAUGACUUCAGUGAUGAAGAAGACGAGGAAGAGGAAGACGAACUUGACAGUGACGAGAUUCCCUCGGAUGGAGAGGAUUUAGCCAAGAAAAAGUCAAACACCACGCCUGGUGAACUUGGCACAACGGUGGAUGAUGGUGAGAGCUCGAGCGAGGGAGAACCGUUGAAUUAUCGAAUUGAAAAGGAUGCCAAUGGGAAUGACCGCUUCAUCUACGACGAGAUCAAUCCGGACGAUAAUUCUGAAUAUUCUGAUGUCGACGAAAAUUCAAACACCAUCGGCAACAUUCCUCUUUCAUUCUACGAUCAGUAUCCUCAUAUCGGUUACGACAUCAACGGGAAGAAGAUUCUGCGGCCCGCGAAAGGCGAAGCUUUAGAUGCGCUCCUUGAUAGCAUUGAGAUACCUAAGGGUUGGACAGGGCUUACUGAUCCUUCCACUGGCAAGCCUCUGGAGCUGAGCCAGGAUGAGCUGGAGCUGCUGCGCAAAGUGCAAAUGAACGAAAUUCCCGAAGAUGGUUACAACCCAUACGAACCCACAGUUGAAUGGUUUACCAGUCAGCAGGAAAUCAUGCCAUUGAGUGCUGCGCCGGAACCCAAACGGCGGUUUGUGCCCUCGAAACACGAAGCUAAGCGGGUUAUGAAGAUUGUGAAGGCAAUCAGAGAAGGCCGGAUUCUCCCGUUCAAGCCCCCCACGGAAGGGGAUCAGGAGGAUGACACUGUCAUCAAGUAUGAUCUGUGGGCCGAUGAAGCGGAGCGACCGGAUCAUCCUAUGCAUAUCCCUGCGCCUAAACUUCCGCCUCCAGGCUAUGAGGAAAGUUACCAUCCGCCUCCAGAGUAUCUGCCUGAUAAGAAGGAACGAAAGGCUUGGGAGGAAGCUGACCCUGAAGACCGAGACCAGGAGUUUCUCCCUAACGAUUUCGGUUCUUUGCGCAGAGUUCCUGGCUAUGAAAACUUUGUCAAGGAGAAGUUCGAGCGGUGCCUGGAUCUUUACCUGGCCCCUAGAGUUCGUAGGAGCAAGUUGAACAUCGACCCUGAAAGCCUUUUGCCCAAGCUUCCGAGCCCCGAAGAGUUGAAACCGUUCCCCACUGCUUGUGCUACCGUGUUCAGAGGGCAUAAGGGUCGUGUGCGUACGCUGGCUGUUGAUCCUUCCGGCCUGUGGCUUGCUACUGGUGGCGAUGACGGAACUGUUCGUGUUUGGGAACUUCUUACGGGCCGUCAAUUGUGGAAUGUGAAAUUGAGCGAGGAAGACCCCGUUAAUGUGGUUCGUUGGAGACCGGGCAAGGAUGCUCUUAUCCUCGCUGCGGCGGCUGGCGACGACAUUUUCCUUGCUGUUCCUCCAAUUGUCGACCCAGAAAUUGAAAAGGCUAGCAUGGACAUUCUGGAUGCGGGCUGGGGUUAUGCUGCAUCUGUCCCUCCUCCCACUGGUGCGGAAGCAAACAAGAAGAACAACCCUCCCAAGUGGAUACGUCCUUCGUCGACCCUUGCUGAUUUGGGAGUCUGCGCUGUCAUCCCUCUUCGCUACGUUGUCAAGUCCAUUUCGUGGCAUCGCCGUGGUGACUACUUUGUCACGGUUUGCCCCGGCUCAUCAACACCAGCUUCCGUGGCCAUUGCCAUCCACACUCUGUCCAAGCAUCUGACUCAGUACCCCUUCCGCCGGCGUAUCAAGGGCGGUGGUCCUCCUCAGGCUGCUCACUUCCACCCCUCGAAACCGAUCCUCUUUGUCGCAAACCAGCGAAGCAUUCGCGCAUACGACCUUUCACGUCAACUUCUCGUCAAGAUUCUACAACCUGGUGCCCGCUGGAUUUCUUCCUUCGACAUCCACCCGACUUCUUCCACCGCUUCCGGUGGAGACAAUCUUAUUGUCGGUUCAUAUGAUCGCCGUCUCCUUUGGCAUGAUCUUGAACUGUCCCAGCGUCCUUACAAGACGCUGCGCUACCACCGCAAGGCCAUCCGUGCCGUCAAGUUCCACCCAGGUGGCCGCUACCCCCUGUUUGCAGAUGCCAGUGACGACGGUUCGCUCCAAAUUUUCCACGGUAGUGUUACAGGAGAUAUGCUCAGCAAUGCCACCAUUGUACCGCUCAAGGUUCUCAAGGGACACAAAAUCACUGGCGAGCUCGGUGUGUUGGACAUCGACUGGCAUCCCAGAGAACCAUGGUGUGUCAGUGCAGGCGCGGAUGGAACUUGCCGCCUGUGGAUGUAA